AUGGGAAAGGAAAAGACUCACAUUAACAUUGUCGUCAUUGGACACGUCGACUCCGGCAAGUCCACUACCACCGGCCACUUAAUUUACAAAUGUGGUGGUAUCGACAAACGUACCAUCGAGAAGUUCGAAAAGGAAGCCCAGGAAAUGGGUAAGGGUUCCUUCAAAUACGCUUGGGUGUUGGACAAACUGAAGGCCGAGCGUGAACGUGGUAUUACAAUCGAUAUUGCUUUGUGGAAGUUCGAAACCAGCAAAUACUAUGUUACCAUCAUCGACGCUCCUGGACACAGAGAUUUCAUCAAGAACAUGAUCACAGGAACAUCACAGGCUGACUGCGCCGUGCUUAUUGUUGCUGCUGGUACUGGUGAGUUUGAAGCUGGUAUUUCAAAGAACGGUCAGACCCGUGAACACGCUCUUCUCGCCUUCACACUCGGCGUCAAGCAACUGAUCGUAGGUGUCAACAAAAUGGACUCCACUGAGCCACCAUACAGUGAACCUCGUUUCGAGGAAAUUAAGAAGGAAGUAUCUUCGUACAUUAAGAAGAUUGGUUACAAUCCUGCUGCUGUUGCUUUCGUACCCAUUUCUGGUUGGCACGGAGACAACAUGUUGGAGCCAUCAACCAAGAUGCCUUGGUUCAAGGGAUGGCAAGUUGACCGCAAGGAAGGUAAGGCUGAGGGUAAAUGCCUCAUUGAGGCCCUGGACGCUAUCCUGCCCCCUGCUCGUCCCACCGACAAGCCCCUACGUCUUCCCCUCCAGGAUGUAUACAAAAUCGGUGGUAUUGGUACAGUGCCCGUAGGCAGAGUGGAAACUGGUGUCCUGAAGCCUGGUACCAUUGUUGUGUUCGCUCCUGCCAACAUUACCACUGAAGUUAAGUCAGUUGAGAUGCACCACGAAGCUCUCCAAGAAGCUGUACCUGGUGACAAUGUAGGUUUCAACGUAAAGAAUGUAUCUGUCAAGGAAUUACGUCGUGGUUAUGUUGCUGGUGACUCCAAGAACAACCCACCUAGGGGAGCUGCGGACUUCACUGCACAAGUCAUUGUCCUUAACCACCCUGGUCAAAUUUCCAAUGGUUACACACCUGUAUUGGAUUGCCACACAGCUCACAUUGCAUGCAAGUUCGCUGAAAUCAAAGAGAAGGUUGACCGUCGUACUGGUAAAUCUACUGAAGAGAACCCUAAGUCCAUCAAAUCUGGUGAUGCUGCCAUUGUAAACCUAGUGCCCUCCAAGCCUCUGUGUGUGGAAUCCUUCCAGGAAUUCCCUCCCCUUGGUCGUUUUGCUGUGCGUGACAUGAGGCAGACGGUUGCUGUUGGUGUUAUCAAGGCUGUUAACUUCAAGGAGGCUGGCAGUGGUAAGGUCACCAAAGCUGCUGAGAAGGCCACUAAGGGCAAAAAGUAG